GGUAAUUGAAGGAUUUAAGAGGAUUUAUAAGGAAUUAAGAUAGAAUAUGACGCCUUUUAUGUCUCUAGUAUGUCAAUAUUGCAAGAGUCCUCUUGGAUUUGAGAAUUUGAAGGAACUUAAUAGAGCUACAUUUAAUUUAGUAGUUGGGAGUCUUAAGGAGAAGAGGAAGCAAGUGUUUUAUGAGGAAGAGGAAGAAGAGGAGAAUAUUCCUUUACUUUUCCCGGAAUCUAGAAAGAAAUAUUAUAAUGAGGCGAUAAAUAGAUUAAUAAGCGAAUUAAGAGAAGAUGAGGUAGAAAAAGAGAAAGAUUGUAAGAAUAUAUCAUAUAUAUUAUUUGAGGAUGAAUAUUUAAAAAGAUAUGAUACAUUAGUUUCAGAUACAUUUCAAUUGAAUGAUAUAGAGGGGAGGUUUCAUGAAGCAGCAACAUUUGAACAUCUUUUUCAUAAUAUGUCAUUUCUUUCGGAUGCUAGACAUCCUAUUUGUUCAGAAUGUUGUGAAAAACAGCUUAAUAAUAUGUCUAAACACCUUGAACAUUUAAAGAAUGAAAGAGAUGCUUAUAUAGGGAUAUUAAAUCAUAUAAAUGAUCAUAUUUUUGAUAAUGAAGAAAUUGAAAAGAUAAAAAUGGAGAUAGAAGAUAAUUUAAAAAAAGAAGCAGUUGCAGUUAAAACAAUUACUCAACUUAGAAAAAAACAACAAGAUAUUGAAAAAGAAGUUAAAAAACUUGAAGAAGAAUCAUUAAUUUUAGAUAAAGAGGAAGAAAUAUUUUGGAAAAAAAGAAAUUUAUUUUUACUUAAACUUCAGGAAUUUCAAAAUGAAAGAGAUGCUCUUAAUUUACAAUAUGAUUAUAAUAUAAAACAACUUGAAGAACUAGAAGAAACAAAUGUAUAUAAGGAUAUAUUUUGUAUUAGUCAUGAUGGACAAUUCGGUACAAUUAAUGAUUUAAAAUUCGGACGUUUGCCUUCUUAUCCUGCAAACUGGGAUGAAAUAAAUGCUGCAUGGGGGUUAAUUGUAUUAUCGCUUCAUUCAAUUGCAAAAAAAUUAAAUUUCAAAUUUUCAGAAUACAAAUUAAAUCCUUUAGGUUCUACUUCUACAAUUCAUAAACUCGAACUUCAUACCAAUUCUUCUUAUCCUUCUAAAUCCAUUUCUCUUGAAUUAUACAAUUCCGAUCACUUGUUAAUCAAACGUUUUUUUAUGCAAAAAAAAUUCGAUAUUGCUAUGAUCAGCUUUCUAGCAUGUUUAAAACAAAUAGGUGAUCAUCUUAAACAAAUUGAUUCUUCUUUUAAAUUUCCUUACAAAAUUCAAAAAGAUAAAAUAGGAAACGCUACCAUCUCCAUUUCCUUCAAUCCUGAUGAAAUAUGGACUCGCUCACUCAAAUAUCUUCUCACUAAUCUCAAAUAUAUCAUUGCUUACACUACUCGUCGCUCAUCAUAAAAAUACUUUUUUUACAUAAAAAAAUUCACAUAUCAACUCAAUUAAU